AAUUUUUUAUUUCAAGAUAAACUCCUAGGCCACAAGUCAGGGAACGAUCAGUCGCGUGUUGCUGUUGUCUUGGAGAAAGUUUGGUUGCCUAGGGAGCGAUACGUUUGGAAAAAUCUCACUUCUCUACAAUAAGCUUGGAAUCAACUGAUUGAUACUCAUCGCGGACUGAAAAUGGGUGCUCCCGAAGACACUAAAGAACCAGAAACCUUGGAAGACAUGGAAAACAUUGUCAGUGAACUCAGAGAGGUUUAUUUCUCUGGCAAGACAAGGUCCAUACAGUACCGCCUGUCUCAACUCAAGCAGUUAGCUGCCAUGCUGAAAGCGUUGAGGACUGACUAUGCAGAAGCAGUGGUUAAAGAUAUGAGGAAGCCAGAAGAAGAACUAUACUUCACUGAUAUUCGUUUCACAGACCAUGAAAUAGGCCACACCAUCAGAAACCUGGAGGAGUGGAUGUCUCCUUCCAAAAUAAAGACGGACGCUGCGUACGCUGCAGAUGAUGUUCACUUGUAUCCUGAACCCAGAGGAAUAAUCAUGAUAUUUGGAGCUUGGAACUACCCCCUCCAACUUACCAUGAUCCCGCUAAUCGGAGCUAUUGCAGCGGGGUGUUGUGCUGUUAUCAAACCCAGCGAGAUUGUACCUAACUCUACUAAAGUUCUUGUCCAGUACUUUAGAGAGUAUAUGGAUUCUGAUUGUUAUAGGAUUCUCCAGGGUGGACCUGAAAUUGCGAUGAAGUUGAUGGAGCAGCGGUGGGACCAUGUGUUCUUUACAGGAAGCACAGCGAUUGGUAAGAAGGUUGCAGCGAAAGCAGCCGCGAAUCUGAUAUCCACAACACUGGAGCUUGGUGGAAAGUCUCCCACUAUCGUCGAUGAAACAGCUAACGUAGACGUGGCCGCGAGAAGAAUUUGCUGGGGCAAGUUCAUGAACACCGGGCAAGUUUGCAUCGCCCCGGAUUAUGUCAUAGUCCACAAAUCAAAAAAGGAAGAAUUCAUUGCCUCCGUGAAGAAAUACAUCACCGAGUUUUACGGGGACGAUCCCUCCAAGACGCCGGACUACGCGAGGAUAGUGAACGAUAGAAACUUUGAGAGAGUCAAAUCAAUCCUGGAGGGCGGAAAAGUAAUCUUUGGAGGUGAAACUAACGCCGAGGACAGAUACAUUGCUCCUACAAUUCUUGAUGAUGUGACAUUUGAGUCAAAUGUCAUGGACGAAGAGAUCUUUGGGCCUAUAAUGCCUAUCCUGGAGUACGAAGAUUUCCCCGCGCUGUUAGAUACCCUCCGACGAAGGGAAAAACCUCUGGUGACAUACUUCUUCUCCACCAACGAACAGAGUAUUGAUCUAGUGAAGAGAGAACUUUCCUCGGGCACUCUCAGUGUAAAUGAUACGAUAACGUUUGUUUGUAUCCCACAGCUGCCUUUUGGAGGAGUUGGUCACAGUGGUCAAGGUCGAUACCACGGGAAAGCUUCGUUCGACGCCUUCACCAACUACAAAUCUGUGCACUGCCGGAACGCUGGUAUGGAGUUCGCUAACGACGUCAGAUAUCCGCCAUUUAAAAACAGCAAACUGAAGGAUUUCCUCUACACUUUCUUGCUCUACAACUCAGACGACGAAUUCAGCGGUUUCAAACGAACUCUAUACAGCGCUCUAAAAUACUCCCUGAUAGCAGGUCUGGUUGGGCUACUUUCUUACCAACUAAAUCUGCUAGGUUACUUACCUCUAUCAUCGUUAGAUGAUUUGGACACGAUACAAAAAGUCAGGGACUUUAUCAGUAGCACCGUUAACACUAAUGUUGACUGAUUUGAGGUUGGAUUCGCGGACCCUCUAGAAAUCUUAAACAUUAUCCCUGUUCCUUUUGUUUAUGUUUUUGUACAGCGAUUGAUUGAACCUGAUACUCACGAUUUGCUUUUCAUGUGAGGAGCAAUAAAAUCUAAUCUUGAUUGAGAUAUAAUAGACAGAAAACAAUUUCAACUUACCAAAUGGUGCUCCUUUCUGAGCUGCUAUAUAGAUGGAAGUUGAAGGGUAAGACUUGUUCAGGACCUGUCAGAUGUAUAGCCCAUAUCCUCGCUCGGGCAGCCAGCUUCUUAGACCAUAACACGGGUUUUACAUUGUGCCUGAGACGGGAGGGGCAUUAUAUUUGCUGUGAAUUUAGAUUGUAUCUUGUUUUACGAAAGCGCUUCUGGGUCAUGAACCAAUAAACAUGAUCGUUUUUGUUGUGAUAGACUUGUCUUAAUAGAAAUCAGAUUUGACGAGGGAAUUGUCUUUUACAAUAGUCGGGAAGUUGAGUACGUAUGAUUUUAGAUAUUACAUGUUUAUAUUAGGGAGUCAAAAUAAUUGAAUCUUGUACCGAUUGUUCUAAUUUAAUUUUAUGUUAUUUUUGACCUAUGUCAAGCUAUACUAAAUCAAUAAAAUUUAAAUAUGACAUUGAUUUAUUGACUGCAAAUUGCAAUAUAGGACUGAUAGAAUUCUGAUUCUGUAGUUGUUUUAAAAAACCGAUUAACAAAGCUUUAAAAA